AUGACCAGCCUACGAAAAUCCCACCCUAUCCUAAAGAUCGCAAAUGAUGCUUUAGUAGAUCUCCCUGCCCCCUCUAAUAUCUCAGUUUGAUGAAACUUUGGCUCUCUUCUUGGCCUCUGCUUAGCCACUCAACUCAUUACCGGACUCUUUUUAGCUAUGCACUAUACCGCGGAUAUCGCAACAGCCUUUACCUCCGUCGCCCAUAUCACCCGAGACGUUAAUUACGGUUGAUUAAUCCGAAACCUACACGCCAACGGCGCAUCCUUCUUCUUCUUAUGUAUUUAUGCACAUAUCGGCCGAGGUCUGUACUACGGCUCUUACCUUUAUAAAGAAACCUGAAACGUGGGAGUUAUCCUUCUUCUUCUCGUUAUAGCAACUGCCUUCGUCGGCUAUGUUCUUCCCUGAGGACAAAUAUCUUUCUGGGGCGCAACCGUAAUUACCAAUCUUAUGUCCGCCGUCCCCUACAUUGGCACCACCCUUGUUCAAUGAAUCUGAGGGGGCUUCUCAGUAGAUAACGCAACCCUCACCCGGUUCUUCGCCUUCCAUUUUCUCCUUCCGUUUGUUAUUGCAGCAGUAACGGUUAUUCACCUCCUCUUCCUCCACGAAACCGGCUCCAAUAACCCCGUAGGCCUUAACUCCGACGCUGAUAAAAUUUCUUUCCACCCUUAUUUUUCAUACAAAGACCUUCUCGGAUUCGUCGUCCUCUUGACAGCACUCGCAACCCUAGCUUUAUUUUCACCUAACCUACUUGGCGACCCAGAUAACUUCACACCAGCGAACCCGCUAGUCACUCCCCCUCACAUUAAACCAGAAUGGUACUUUCUGUUUGCCUACGCCAUCUUGCGGUCCAUCCCAAAUAAGCUUGGAGGCGUGCUCGCGCUACUUUUCUCCAUCCUUAUCCUGAUACUUGUACCCCUACUCCACACCUCUAAACAACGUGGACUAACCUUCCGCCCCCUCUCCCAAUGUUUAUUCUGACUACUAGUUGCAGACGUCCUUGUCUUGACUUGAAUCGGGGGCAUACCUGUUGAACAUCCUUUCAUUAUUAUUGGUCAGAUCGCAUCAGCUCUCUACUUCACCAUUUUUCUAAUUUUAUUCCCAUUGGCAGGCUUGUUAGAAAACAAAGCCCUUGCGUGAUCUU